CAGUGGAGACGAACAUCGAGAUGGUGAUCCGCAUCUGCUCCCUGGAGACCAUGGACAACUCGUGUGGGGUGUUCCGCUAUGAGGAGACCGUGCUGCAGGGCUGCAUCCUCACAUGCAACAACAACGGAUGCAACGUCGCCAGCCCCCUCGUGCCCAGUGUCCCUGCCCCCUGGGUUGCUGGUAUCUUCCUAUUGGCUGCCCUGGUACCCAGCACCUCUCAAAGUGCACUUCGUACCGGUGUUUUCAUUGGAUGAGCACCUCACGGUUUGACAUAGUGUUUGCAGAAAAUGAUCAGAUAUAAUGCAUAGUUAAAAUUCCGUGUUUUCGGAGUUUAUUAUUCGUGAAAUUCGGAGGAAGCUUUUCUGAGUUGAUUUUUUGCUGCAGAUUCGGGGUUUAUCUGAGUUUAUUUUUGUUAGAUCCUCAGUCCUUUGAAAUUUAAAAUAUAUAUUAAUGCAUUUUCAACUUAAAAAAAAAAAAAAAUAUUUAUAUUUAGGCACCAUGGGACCCGUCGUUCUCAAGCAACCUUGACGAGCCUUUCGUCAGUAGUUUGAGAUUUCAAAGGACACUGAAGUGGUAUCUCCUCAGGACCACUGACCCUGCAGCUUCUUAGAGUUUAUUUGUAAAACACCGUCUUUUUUGCUUUUUAUCUUGUCAUGAUCUCACAAUUCCGGGUUUUUCAAAUGAAUUCGAUUUGACAAAAACCUUUACGGACAAGUGUUUUUCAGAUUUUUUGGGGGAUUUAUCCAAAAACACGGAACCCUGCCUACAGUCAGUGACAGGCUAAAAAUGCAGCACAAGCUCCACCUCCAGCGUGCCACCUCUGUCUUCCAGUGAGCUUUGGCUGCACGUGUGACAAAGCGCUGUCAAUUUCAGAAAGCUUGCGUUGGAGGCAAAGCAUCCACUGCAUCCUUAGCCUGUCACGUAUGUUGUGUGCUUAGCAAUCUAUUUAUUGAUUUAUUUAUUUUGAUGUUAAAUCAGCUUGGAGUAAAUUUCAACGAGGGACUUAUAGUUUCAGGUAACUUGGUUGUAAAUAUAAAAAAAGAUCUCUUGUACAUAUUUUAAAGAGCAGGAUUAAUUGUUUGGUUGACUAAUCACCAAUUAAGUUCUUCAUUGGGGCGUAACUUAAGAGGCGGCUCUGCAGGAGAUUUUUGUAUUCAGCUACCGACCUUGUUUGGUUUCGGGCACCUUAUAAAGCCAUAUUAUAACCAGUAAUUAAUUCGACGUGUCCAUGUCAACUAUUAAAUAAAAUGAUUAUUUAGAACUCUUUGUAAGGUCAAUGAACAGAAUUGAGCACACGGCAGUCUGUAGGUAACACUGGAGGGAGGCAUAAUCCAAUUGUGGGACAUGUUUAUGGAGAGCUGGAGCUUUGUCCGUGCCAUUUGAAGUGGGGACUUUGUGUUGCUGGUGCGGUCACGCCUCGCAUUUGUUCGCAGCGUGCAAAAGCUCCGCCUUACGGGGCUCACAUUGAAUUCUGCCAGAGCUACGACAACAGCGGUACGGUGGUAUACUCUGCUUCAUCAGAAGUCUGAGGAAUGCAAACGCAAAUGCACGGCGCAUUCUUCGCGCUUGAUUGGACCAGUUGCCGGUUUGGCGCGUGGAGAAACGCGAAAAAUUGUGUGGUUUACCGCUCUCCGAGAAGCUUUAUUGGCUCCUUUGGCCAGUAGCGCUGGUAGUGCUCAGACUUGGGGUGGAAGGGAGUAUGGUAAUGCUGGCAGUAAGUAUGGGAUGCAACGUUUUUCCAAUGUUACACUUUGUAGAGAGGAAGAGACUCCUUUCAUUAGUAGACCUUACCGUUGUGGCCCAAACCUUCUUAUGAAAGUUUUAAAUGAGGUUUUACACAUAACUUCAAGAAUAUAUAAAAAAAAAGAUUGGACGAUCAUUGUUUUAAAACCAUACAGGGGAUCUGUGAAGGCAACAACUGACCCAAUGCAUUUAUUGUGCCAAAUGUGUGAUGCCAAGCAUUAUGCUUUUGCUUCGAAACAUUUUAACGCAGUCAAAAG